GAGAGAGAGAGGGGGAGAGAGAGAGAGAAAAGUUUUCAAUCAGCGCCUAAAGUUGAGAGAACUCACGUCUGUGAUGGGCGAGGGACGUCUGUGAGCAGUUGUGACAGCGUUUUGUUUCAAAACCGGGGUCCAGCAGCCCAGCCGAGCCGAGCCGAGCGGGGAGAUGUGACUUCAGAAAUGGGCCAUUUAUGAGCUGCAGGCUGCAGAGGCCUGCUUGUCUGGCCAUCUGGUUGUGCGUGGCUAGACUUGUCUGACACCACUCAUCUGGGGGGGAGAGAAGAAGAAGAAGAAAAAAAAAGAAGAAACGAAACAAGAAAUAGGCUUCUGAGCUCCUUUGGCAAUGCCACAGUCCCCUCUCUGAUGUGACCAUGAGGACCUACACCCGCGGGGCCCCCACAGUGUUCUUCAUAAGUCUGCUGUGGCCCCUGUUGGCCCUGGCACCAGGGGAGGAGGUGGACCCCAGUGGAGGGAUCCCCUUCAUGGGAGGCAACUACGAUGGCCAUCCCAUGCUGUACUUCAGUCAGGGGGACGUGGAGGAGCUGCAGGCCGCUGCGGUGGGCACUCACCGGGAUAUGGCCCGGAGGAUCCGCGAGGCCGGGGAAACCAUGCUGGAGCACCCCGAGGACUACCUGCCCCCCUGGAGCCCCGCGGAGUUCAGCGCCCGUUGGAACGAGGUGUACGGAAACAACCUGGGCGUGCUGUCCAUGUUCUGCCUGCUGUACCCCCACCGGGCCGGGGCGCUGGACCUUGUCAGAGACUACAUGGAGAGGAUGGCGGCUCAGCCUAGUUGGUUGGUCAAAGACGCUCCCUGGGAUGAAGUCCCUUUGGCUCACUCCCUGGUUGGGUUCGCCACAGCUUACGACUUCCUGUAUGAGUACCUCAGCAAGGGGCAGCAGGAACGCUUCCUGCAGGUGAUCGGCAACGCGUCCCGUCUGAUGUAUGAGAAGUCCUACGUCCGCGGCUGGGGGUUCCAGUACUUGCACAACCACCAGCCCACCAACUGCGUGGCUCUCCUAACGGGCGCCCUGGUGUACAUGACCCAAGGUUACCUCCAGGAGGCCUACUUGUGGACGAAGCAAGUCCUCGCCAUCAUGGAGAAGUCCAUGGUCCUUCUGCAGGACGUGACGGACGGCUCACUGUAUGAGGGCGUGGCCUACGGCACCUACACCACCCGCUCCCUGUUCCAGUACAUGUUCCUGGUGCAGCGCCACUUCGCCAUCAGCCACUUCGACCACCCCUGGCUGCUCAAACACUACGCCUUCCUGUACAGGACCAUCCUUCCUGGAUUUCAGAGGACCGUGGCCAUCGCAGAUUCCAACUACAACUGGUUCUAUGGACCGGAGAGCCAGCUGGUCUUCUUGGACCGCUACGUGAUACGUAAUGGCAGUGGAAACUGGCUGGCUGACCUGAUUCACCAGAACCGGGUCACAGAAGGACCAGGGCAGGCGGGCAAAGGGCAGCGGUGGUGCACCCUCCACACAGAGUUCAUCUGGUAUGACCCCGGGCUGGUCCCGAAGCCUCCCCCAGAUUUCGGAACACCCCGACUCCACUACUUCGAGGACUGGGGAGUGGUCACCUACGGCAGCGCCUUACCCGCAGGCACCAACCACUCCUUUCUCUCCUUCAAGUCGGGGAAGCUGGGAGGACGUGCCAUUUUUGAUAUUGUCCACAGGAACAAGUACAGAGACUGGAUCAAAGGUUGGAGGAACUUCAAUGCUGGACACGAGCACCCAGACCAGAACACUUUUACCUUCGCGCCGAAUGGCGUACCCUUCAUCACAGAGGCACUGUAUGGACCCAAAUACACUUUCUUGAACAAUGCCUUGUUGUUUGGCCCCGCCGCCUCAGGUAGCUGCUUUAAGCCAUGGGCCGGCCAGGUGACCGAGGCCUGCGACUCCAAGUGGCUUAAGUACAAGUUGGGGCUAGCGGCAGACACCCAGGGCAGGGUGGAAGCUGCCAUGGAGAGACAGGGGAUGGUGUUGAUCCGUGGUGAGGCCCAGUCUGCUUAUAACCCAGACCUGAAGAUCAGGAGCUUUCAGAGGAAUGUCCUGCUCCUCCACCCACAGCUGCUGCUCCUUGUAGACCACAUCCACCUGGACGCAGACAGCCCGACGAGGGCGAUGAGUGCUUUCUUUCAUAACACAGAGCUGCGUUUCCAGGAGACAAAGGUGGACGGUGUGCAUGGAGCAUAUGUGCAACAUGGUGAGGACUCCUAUAAGAUGUUCUGGAUGGAUGAUACGGGCUUAAGUGACAAGGGGGCGGUAGGGUACUGGCAUUAUCCUCGCGGGUACCCGUAUAACGGCUCCAACUUUGUGAAUGUGACAAUGCCACUAAGAUACCCUCACACCAGGGUGGCCUACAUCUUCUUUGGACCCGGAGUGGAUGUGCAAAGCUUCAGCCUCCGAGGUGAUGCGCAGAGAGUGGACGUCUACCUGGCCACCAAGGAACACACUUACACCGUUUACCUUUUGACCGGGGAGAUCACCAGUAAGCCGCUGUUCGCCAUGGUGCUGCUGGACCAGAAGAAGGUCGUUUUCGAGAAGAUGGCCACCAUGAUGGACAGCUCACCCGAGGAAGUGGAGGAGUAUGUCAACGUGGUGGAGGACAAUCUCCAGCACGCCAAGCCUGUCUUCCAACAGAUGGAGAGGCACAUCCUGGGACGGGUACUCAACACUGCCAGCUUCCGCAAGACAGCAGAGCGCCUCCUGCAGUUCUCCGACAAAAAGAAGACAGAGGAGAUCAUCGAGAAGAUGUUCGCCAUGUCGAAGAAGCAAGCCAAGGGCAAAGGUGGGAAGAAGGUGAACCUCGGGGAGAAGCUCUCUGAGAGCCUACCUGACAUUUUUGCACAAAUCGAGGUGAGCGAGAAGAAGGAGAGACAGAGGACUACGAAACGCAACUACGAGGACACCCCAGAGGAGGGAGACGGGGAAUCUCAUGCCUUUAUGGACUACGCAGAAGGCCGCAAAAACAGGAAGGGGGGGUUUGUCAAAGGCCGCAGAUUUAAGGAGGUCCACAUGGUGGCCACCGCUGGGAGUGACGGUCUGUCCAGCACAGCCUCGUACAUCAGACUGUUCCUCAUUCUGAACACAGCUACCUUCUUCCUGCUGCUGGCGGUGUUGCUGACGCGCUUUCAGAGGGGGCGGAGCCUGCACACACAGAGAUGUUUUUACGCCGCUCUGCUCAUCGACAGUUUCAUUUUACUGUACCUCUACUCCUCCUGCUCUCGCUCGCAGUGCUGAUGUCAUCAGGGCGCGACGAGGGAACAUCCAUCUACGGAUCCGCUGGCCUGUUUGUUUGUUUUAUGAUGGAUCAAAUGCAUCUUACUCCUCAGCCUGAGCCAACUCUCUCUUGAUGGGUGUCCAGGAAAAAAAAUCAAAUUGAUUCCAAAUAGGAAUUGAUGAAUGGACAAGAUUAAAUCGGACCACCUCGGACAUAAUAAGCUUCUGUGGAGCUAUAGAACUGCGUCUGUGUGAGGUUUGUAGUUGUACAGAUUCAAGAGGUCUUGACUUUUAUCAAAGAUCUCAAGGUUAGCCACUAAAAAUGCAGUUGCCUUCAGCCGUACUUGAGAUUUGACAUUUCUUCGUAGCUCUUAGAAAUACAUAUAAAUGUAUAUAUGUGAAAACAAGAUAUAUUUUUUUGGUGUUGUGGUAUUUUUGUAAUUAAAAAUGACGACACGCAUUGGUGUGCUUUGUCAUUGUGCACUGUGUCUGGUGAAUGUGUGAGCAAGGAAAUCUGUUUGGCAGAAAUGUACUUUGCCCAUAAAACAUGUGAAGGUUUGCUACAAUAGACCGUAUGUUUCACCAAGGACAUCUUAAGAACCAUCUGCCCCUCGGUAAUCAUGACUUGUGUUUUAUUUUGUAUUAUUAUGCUUUUACUUUGAUUUGGACAACAGCAAUGGUAGGUGUGCAUUUGAAAUAACGCAAAUUUGGGAGUGGGAAUGUAGUAGGGAAGAUUUUCAAAGACGAGCUGCGCAAAGUCUGUUGAUUUUAACUUAAUGUUAUUGUGGAUGUUUAAGAUGUCCUCCUGUCAUGGGGUGGGUGGCAAGGAUGGGACCAUGUCCAGUCAUUUUCACGGAUCAUGACCGAAUUGUGGUAUGAAUUAAUCUCUCAAAUGAAAAGUCGUCGAGGUUUCACGGUGGAUUAGUGGUUAACACUAUAGCCUCACAACCAGAGGGCCCUAUAUUUGAUCUCGGUCCCUCUGAUUGGAGUUUCCAAGUUCAGAUGGGCUCCAUCUGGAUUCUCCAUUUUCCUCAGAUUGUUCGAAGACAGGCAUGAAUUGGAGACUCCAAAUUGCCCAUAGGUAUGAGUGGUGGACUGGUGAUUGCAUGACUGGUCCCAGUGAUGCAGCUUGUCCAGCAUGUGUCGACCUGACCCUGUCUUCCGCGCAGUGCUUAUUGGAAUAGGCUCCAGCCCUCACACAACCUUGAACUGAAUCAAGAAUGAGCGGAUGGAAAGUUUUACUUUGAGUCAUUUACAGUUUUGCUGAGAGACCCUUACAUGUGCUCUUAAGACAUGAUGCAAAGUUCAAUCAGUAUGCAUCAUGCAUGACUGUUCUCCCUCUGUCUUACUUGCAGCAACAUACACUCAACAGUCUUUACCUUGGGCUCCAAGUCUUCCUCAAUCCAAAAAAUGUCCCAAUCCAGAGAAAGCAGCCUCUGAGCAAAAUGACGACCAACCAAUGAAUGUUCUUAUAGUAGAGAAAAACGAGGCCAUUACUGUAUCUUGUUCACAACUGAAUAAACUCAU